UGCUCAAGGUGGCUGUAGUCUGCCGUUGGCAUUCAUCGUGCGUGGAUCGUGUUUUCCUCUAUUUCUCAUUAAUACUGUCUCUUGCAUUUUCAUUUUAGUGCAGUUUCUCAUUUAUGUUUACAUACAUAUUUAUCCACAUAUAAACAUAGAUAUACACAUAUUUUUUUUUAUUAUUCUGACGUUAAUACGCGAGUACUACGUUAAAGAAAUAAGAAAUAAGAAAAAGAAAUAUUAUUCGAGGAAAAUGUCGCAUUAACUUGUUUUUUUCCUUUACAUAGUAGUUAAUAAGUUUUAUAUUUUUCUUUGAACGCGCUCAUUGAAAAAAGAAUAAAAAAUAAUAGAGAAAGUAUAUUAUAAGAAAGAAAAAUAUGAGAAUUAGUUUCGAUCAGAAAAGGUGACUGAACGAAUCGUGAGGGGGGAAGAAGAAGAAAAAAAAAAAGAAAAAGAGUUUUUAUCGUGCGUGCGUAUUGUGCGUGUUUUUAUGUGUGUUGGUGUGUGUAUAUGUGUGUUUGUUUCAACGGAAUAAGUGAGACAGAGAGAGAGAGAGGAGUAAAGUACUCUCUCGACCGUUGUUUAAAAUCUUCGUGUAAACAGCCGCACAGCUUUGGAAUAGUUCUCUUCCUUCUUUUUUUCUCUUCGUUUCUUAGUCGCGUAUUUGUCGUCAAACACGCGGCGAUACCCCACCAUCAUUUAGAAAGAAAGACCGACGAGGAAGAGAGAAUCGAAUACCAUAGGUAGUAUAGUAUCUCUGAUAUUCUUUACUGCAAGCAAGCAAGCAAGCAACGUGUAGUACCGGCUUGUUGCAUCAACGAUUUUCAAGAGAAAGCUUUCGUUUUCGCGAAAACUGUUUGUUCGUUUAUUCGUUCGUUUAUGUGACGUUUUACCUUCGACAAAUAAGAACAAAAAUAAGAAGAGAGAAGAAUUAAAGAGAAGUGGCAAAGAAGAAAGGAAGUAACAACAGUCACUGUUCUAAAAGAAAUAAGAAGAAGAAAGAAACGAGCGUGGGAAGGAAGAAGAAUAAAAGAGAUAGAUUUUGUAUCAUCUCGAUCUUAAAAAAGUUCGUGUUACGGGUCACGUGAUUGCCGCGUAAAUUUGAAAAAAAAAAAAAAAAAAACAAAAACAUGUAAACUAGAGUUCAAGCCCGCCAAUUCCUUUUUCUUAAUCUUUAUCUCGUCGUCGCGAUAUUUUUAUCUCUGAUUGUUUUUUAAAACGUGAUAAUUGAUAAUUUUAUAAUAAUACAAAGGAACGAUAUCGAUCUGAAGAAAAAUGGCGAAGGAAUUCCAUAUGAAAGUUUUCAUCUUUGCGUUCUUACUCCCGGUACUUUGCGGUGGAAACGAGUUGAAGGAGUACUGUUCCUCGCACAGGUUCGACAAUCUACACGGUGGCUUGAGAUUCACUAAGGAGGUCAUCAGUACUGAAUAUACUAACGUAGGACGCUUCAAAUCUCUUCAUUGUUGUCUACGUGGAUAUAGAAGCAUAGAAUGGUUCAAAGACAAUAGAGCUUAUCCUUGGCCAGGUGGUGAGAGUUACUUUAUCCUUUAUCCGGAAAGCGCGAAUCAAACAAUUUACACGCAAGAUGUUAGACCCUCGGAUGCUGGACGUUAUUCCUGUCAAGCUAGAAACGACACGACAAUCUUGGAAGGUGACAUCACCCUCACCGUACUUGGGGAGGAGCCAGUUGGAUACUUGGGAAAACCAUUGCCCACUUACAAACCGGCAUCGCAAUUGGUUCCUUUGGGUGGUGCUGCAAGGUUAUUUUGCGAAGCUUAUGUAGGUAGAAUAAGACUACCUGAUGCCAAGAAUUCCGUGAUCUGGUCGAAAACCAACAGCAACGUAACCUUACCAACUCAUGGUAGGAUAGCACAGUAUCCGGUAUCAAGGGAAAACAAUCAAAUCAUCGGUAGUUAUUUAGAAAUCAAAGAUAUGACUGUGGAGGAUUAUGGCGAAUAUGUUUGCGAAAUUAGCAAUGGUCUCGACGAAGUUAUGGCUUUUCCUGCUCACAUUUAUCGUAAAGAGCCACAAUUUACGUUUGAACUUCCGAGCAAUUUAUGGAGGAAGCCUUUACUUAUCACUGUCCUGAGCCUGGUACUUCUACUCUCUGCUGUUGCCUUCUAUGCCCGUUGUUGGUUACCUCUGCUGCUUUACCUUCGCGACAAAUUUGCCCGCCUCGAGAAGGACGAUGGAAAGGAAUGCGACGCGAUUGUGUGCUACCACGAGAAAGACUCGAGCUUGGCCAUUGGUAUCAUCGUACCUACUCUUGAGUCAAGACAUCGAUAUAAAUGCACCACCUUGGAACUCACCUGCAUCACUAAGAACUGGAUUUUGGAAAUUGGACCUCACGUUAAUACAGCAAGGCGUAUAAUCGUGGUGCUGAGUCCAGGAUCGUUAGGUGACAUUUGGACUGAGUCAAGCGUCCUGCCAAUUUUGAAACAGCUUGCUGGUUUAUCGACAAGAACAAUCGCAGUGAUCCUGAAGGAAUUACCGAAUACCACGACGAUGGGAAAACCAUCAUCGAGACGAGGUGAUAGGUCGGACAGUGACUUUGUAUUAUUCGAUCGUUUGAAGAUCCUUCGAUGGGAGGAACCAAAUAACAAUCCCCCAAUUGAUAAAUCUCUUAAUCCACUUUCCUCAACGUCGUCGUUCUCAUUCUCUUCGACAAAUUUCCUCACUUCCGGCAAUCGUCGUAAGUUUUGGUACAAACUAAGACUCGCGAUGCCUCCUAUAAGACCAAUCGGAAACGAGAGUACCUGCCAAUCGGUCGCAAUGAUCGUACAAUCGAACGGCAAGUGCGGACAACAGAAGGCACGUUCGCGCGAGAGUCUCGAGGUUCUUGUUUAAUUCAAUUACAACCCCCUCCUCAGUCCGCUUACAACAACAACCCCCCACCUGCCUAUUUUUAUUUCUUUUUUCCUCUCCCACCUUUUACUAUCACGCUACGAUUUCAAAACCUUUCAUCUCUAUAUUACUUUUAUUAAUUAUGAUUAUAUUAUUAUUAU